AUGUGUUGUUUAAAAAAUAACGGCAUGUGCUACCUGUGCAGGGAUUUUCAGCUGUCAUUAUUUCAAAAUCUGCUUAAGAACUUCGGCGCUGGUACAAAGAUCGAACCCAGCGGUUACUUAACGGAUGACGUGUCUAACACCUUGUAUCCGCCAUCACCAUCCGAAUCCAAGCCCACACAAGCGGAGUUGGCGAGCGAUCUUUUGCAGCAGCUCGAAACACAAUGUAAACAAGAAAACAUAUUUUCCAACUGGUUGGAAGAGAAGGUGGACCUCCCCAUCUUCGAGAACAUCUCCCAAGUACCGGACCGCGUUGACGUGCCUGAAGUUGCAGCGGUGCCUCCGUACUCUGCUAUUCCGAUCGCGCCGCAGCCCACAGAAGACCUAUUGCGCGAAGCGCAGCCCCCCCUACCGCAGCAAGAUCAAUGGCCGGUCUCCAUCCCGCCGACAGUGCCGGAUUUUGAAUACCAAGCUCUAGAAGAACUAGUUCGCCACCGCGCUGCGCAACUCACGUCCCCCAUUCCAUCCGGCGAUAGCGCCACUCCUGCUUCAUCUCCUCCCUCCUCCCCCCGUUCCUGCUCCACUGACGACGAGUGGAGCUCCUGCCGCCCGAAGCCCUAUACCCGCAACGUCGACGAUCGCCGCUCGCGGAAAAAGGAGCAAAACAAGAACGCGGCAACCCGCUAUCGCCAAAAGAAGAAGGCAGAGAUCGAGGUCCUUCUCAACGAGGAGCAAAAUCUCCGUCAGCGCCACGUAGAACUCGGCGACAAGUGUUCGGACCUUCAGCGUGAGAUCAAAUACCUUAAGGGCCUCAUGCGCGACCUUUUCAAAGCGAAAGGACUAAUAAAAUAA